AUGAAGAAGGCAACCACGGCAUCGUCUGGCAGCUCCUCCUCGGCAAAGUCGCCAAAGACAACAAAGACCACCAAGUCGGCCAAAGGCACCAAGUCAAAGUACAUGCAAAUUGACGAGGAUCAGCUGAGGUAUGCCUUCCAGAUGAUCGACAAUAAGAAGGACGGCAAAGUGAAUGCGUCGCAAAUGAAGCAAAUGCUCGUCAGCAUUGGCAUCGACGUUCCUGAGCGUCUCAUUUCCAAGAUCAUCAGAGAGGCGUCAAAGGAUGAUAGUGGUCUCAUAAAGGAACAAGACUUUCUAGCCUGGUUCUCGCGCUUUAAAACGCCCAAAGAUGAUGACGUAGAGGCGGACCUGAAAGCGGCUUUCAUGGUCUUUGACACCGACGGCAGUGGCUUUAUCGAACGUUCCGAGCUGAAGUCGGCGAUGAAGGUCAUCGGUGAGACGCUGAGUGACCGUGAUAUUGACGAGCUGCUGCAGACAACAGACGCCGAUAAUGACGGCAAGAUUAACUACGAAGAGUUUAUCAAGGCGCUCUUGUAG